UGGUCAAGCAACGAGACAGUAGCUCGUAUGGAGCAUAGGUUAAUAAAUUUUUUAUUGGGAAAUCCUAGAUUAAAUUCCGACGUGGCAGCUUUCGUGGCGAAAUGAACCGUAUUUAUUUUCUUCUCCUGCAAACGGUUUCCUUCACUGAAAAACCCUAGUUUUCACAAUCAUCUAAACCCUACCUCCAAACAAUCAAGCUAGCAAUUAUGUCUAUAGCAACGGAAGAGGACGAAGUUUCGUGGUCAUCGGACAGUGAAAUUGGAGAAGCGCUGGAUUGGUUAGACUCAAAAGACGAGGAGGAAGCAGUAGAUGGAGCUAUAACGCUGAACUCAAGGCGUCCAAAUGCACAUGGAGGCGUUCACUCUAGACCUAAUUCAUCUACAUUGCAACCUCUGUCUAACCGAAACCAGAAAUUCUCUCAUCACAUCCGUGCUUCUCCUUUAGAGGAAUGGGAAGGAAGAGUUAAUGUUGGAAUGUCAAAUUCUGUUACUACUGCAAUCAGAGAUAGUGUGAGAGGUAUGGCUAUUGGUAAAACUAAAACUACUGAGAAGGCUGAUCGUGCAACUGUUGAGCAGGCUAUUGAUCCUAGAACUCGUAUGGUUUUGUUUAAAAUGCUGAAUCGCUGUGUAUUUCACGACAUUAACGGCUGCAUAUCUACUGGCAAAGAGGCUAAUGUGUAUCAUGCAACAAAAUCUGAUAGUCAGGAGCUUGCUAUCAAAGUGUACAAAACUUCAAUUCUGGUUUUUAAGGACCGUGAUCGGUAUGUACAAGGUGACUAUCGUUUUAGACAUGGAUACUGCAAGCACAAUCCAAGGAAAAUGGUAAAGACAUGGGCUGAAAAAGAAAUGAGGAAUCUAUUGAGACUUAAGGCAGCAGGAAUUAGGUGCCCUAUUCCAUAUCUUUUGAGACUUCAUGUUCUGGUCAUGGAAUUUAUAGGAAAGGCUGGUUGGGCUGCACCUCGACUCAAGGAUGCUGCCUUAUCUCUGGACAAGUUACGUGAAGGCUAUGUAGAGAUGAUUAUUGCAAUGCGGACCUUAUAUCAGAAGUGCAAACUGGUACAUGGGGACCUCAGUGAAUAUAACAUACUCUAUUUUGAGGGUCACUUGUAUAUAAUUGAUGUGUCUCAAGCAGUUGAUCUCGACCACCCGCGCGCACUAGAUUUCCUACGGGAAGAUUGCGUUCAUGUGUCUGAUUUCUUUAAGAAACAUGGCGUAGCUGUCAUGACUAUUCGAGAGCUAUUUGAUUUCAUAGUUGAUCCAACUAUUACUGAUGAGACUGUUGAUAGUUAUUUGGAAGAGGUUCAACAAAGAAUUUUGACCAGAGACAUUACUGCAGAGGAUGAGAUUGCAGACUCUGUAUUUGUGCAGUCAUACAUUCCAAAAACAUUAGAUCAUGUCAAGCAUGUUGAGGAAGAUGUUAUACGGAUAACAAGUGGCAAGGAUACAGAUGAUAUGUACUAUCGAACCAUUACUGGACUAAAGGAGGCUCUUUCUAAAGUUCAAUCUUCCACAGCCGAAAGAGACCAAAAGGAAGGUCUGAACUCUGCAUUAGAGUCUUCUGUCAGUAAUGAUCGCAGUUCUAACUCUCAUGAAAAAGAAUCUGAGGAUUGUGCAGAUGAAGAUGAAGAUGAGGAUGAGGAUGAGGAUGAAGAUGAAGAUGACUCAAAUGAGUCAGAUGAGAGUGAUUCUUCGACUGAUGUUGAGAAAAAGGAUCUUGUUGAUAAAAGAGCUGCUAGAAAAGAGAACAAAAAGAAAGUAAAAGAAGAGAAGAGAGAAGCCCGGAAAACUAAAGUUCCCAAGGCUGUAAAGAAAAGAAAGAAGAAAUUGGCCAAAGCCAAGAAGACCAGGUAAAAUUUAUCUUGCUAUAACGUAUUGACCCUGCAGUUAAUGUACAAAAGUGAGGUGGAUAAAAAGCAAGUUAGUUUUUCGAACGUGAUAAAGGCCAGUUAUUAUUUUUGAGGGGAAAGCCCUGUUUCUUCAGCCACUGCAAUAUAGCAGAAUGAGGAAAGAAGCAAUUUUGAGACCCAAGCUAGCAAUGUUUUUUUCUUUUUAAAAAAAAACCUGUUUUGUGUUUUUAUUGUGGGGGUAGACAGGGUUAGUUAUGUAAAUGUAAGAGCAUAAGUUCAUCUCUAUUUAACGGUUGCAAGCCCCUGUUUGGUUUAUUCUGCGCAUUCUGUUUGAACUUGGUUGUAUGUAGUAUACUUCGUUUGUUUCCAUGUC